GUGACUCCGUUACUCAUUUACUGAGUGAGUUAAUUCGAUAUGGAGAACCAGAAGACUCGGAUAUUGGUGGCGGUGAAACUGACUCAGUCGAGUGGUGAAGGCUACCCGUACGCCUCGGAAAGCAGCAAAGCAGUGUUCGAGUGGAUUCUUCAGAACAUCGUUCGCACUAACGUUACUCGUUUCGACCUUCAAUUCCUCAAUGUCCACAGUCCAGAUUCUCCAUAUGCAAAGGAUUACCAAGCGGAUAAAAUGAUGGAAUAUUUUGGCUGCAGAUGUCAGAUGAUUUCGGUUGGUUCUAGCUCAGAGAUCAGACUUGGGCAUGAUCCUAAAAUAGAGAUAUGCAAUGAAGUGAAACGAGUCAAUCCGGAUCUCCUUGUCAUGGGAACUACUCCAAAACUUGGUUAUUUUCAAAGGGUUUUUAGGCGUAAUGUGAGUGGUAGCAUUAGCAUAAAUGAAUAUUGCUUGAAGCAUGCUGAGUGUCCUGUUGUGAUUGUUAAAACCAGAGCAGAUGACCAGAAUUAGGUGACAAUUUUUUCAGUUGGGGAACUGUGUCAAACUUUGAAUUGUUCGAAUUCCUUCACCAUUUGUUGGUUAAAGUUUUUGGAUUUAUUGAUAAUUCUAAAGAGAUAAAAAAGACUUACCGUUAUGGCGUAGUAAAGAGAUUCGUUAGAGGCAAAUGCUAUCAAAGAGAACAAUUCCAAACACUGGAGUGUAGAGAAAAAAAAAAGAGUAGCAAAUGUUUAUUCA